AUGAGGCGGAAGGAGAAGAGGCUGCUGCAGUUCGCCGGGCUGCUCAUAGCGGCUCUUCUUUUCCUCCCCAACGUCGGGCUGUGGUCUUUGUACCGGGACCGAGUGUUCGACAACUCGCCCGACACAGUGGACGGACCGGGCGGCAUCCCGCAGAUACAGGGGGUUAACCGGGUGGGGAAGGACGCUCAGGUGGGACGCGACGGCGUGCGGAGGAAAGACUGGCACGACCAGGAAGCAAUCAAAAGAGAUUCCUCUCGAUCCGGUAAUGGUGAACAGGGGAAAGCGUUCCCACUUACCGACGCUGACCGGGUGGACCAGGCAUACAGGGAGAACGGCUUCAACAUUUACGUCAGCGACCGGAUCUCUCUCAACCGCUCCCUCCCAGACAUCCGGCAUGCCAACUGCAAACAGAAGCUGUACGCGGAGAAGCUGCCCAACACCAGCAUCAUCAUCCCGUUCCACAACGAGGGCUGGUCGUCGCUGCUGAGGACCGUCCACAGCGUGCUCAACCGCUCCCCCCCACAGCUCAUCGCCGAGGUCAUCCUGGUCGACGACUUCAGCGACAAAGAGCACCUGAAGGUGGCGCUGGAGGAGUACAUGAUGCGCUUGCCGAAGGUUCGCAUCCUGAGGACCAAGAAGAGGGAGGGGCUGAUCAGGACUCGUCUGCUGGGAGCCGGCGCCGCUAAAGGAGAAGUCAUCACCUUCCUGGACUCCCACUGCGAGGCCAACGUCAACUGGCUGCCUCCACUGCUGGACCGAAUCGCCCAGAACAGGAAGACCAUCGUGUGUCCGAUGAUCGACGUGAUCGACCACGACAACUUUGGCUACGAGACGCAGGCGGGGGACGCCAUGCGAGGGGCGUUUGACUGGGAGAUGUACUACAAACGGAUACCCAUCCCUGCGGAGCUGCAGAAGGACGACUCCAGUGAGCCUUUCGAGUCUCCCGUGAUGGCAGGUGGACUGUUUGCCGUGGACAGGAAGUGGUUCUGGGAGCUGGGAGGAUAUGACACGGGUCUGGAGAUCUGGGGAGGAGAGCAGUACGAGAUCUCCUUCAAGGUGUGGAUGUGUGGUGGUCGGAUGGAGGACAUCCCUUGCUCCAGGGUGGGACACAUCUACAGGAAGUACGUCCCCUACAAAGUUCCUGGUGGGGUCAGCCUGGCCAGGAACCUGAAGCGUGUGGCGGAAGUGUGGAUGGAUGAAUACGCCGAAUAUGUCUACCAGCGCCGGCCCGAGUACCGCCACCUGUCAGCAGGUGACAUGACGGCCCAGAAGGAGCUGAGGAACCGCCUCAACUGCAAGAACUUCAAGUGGUUCAUGAGGGAGGUGGCCUGGGAUCUGCCCAAACACUACCCACCGGUGGAGCCCCCUGCUGCCGCGUGGGGAGAGAUUCGCAACGCGGGCAGCGGCAUGUGUUUGGAGAGUAAACACUUUGUGUCGGGGAGUCCCAUCCGCCUGGAGAGCUGUGUGAAGGGCCGGGCCGAGGUCAGCUGGAGCCACGGACAGGUGUUCACGUUCGGCUGGAGAGAGGACAUCCGGGUGGGCGACCCCAUGCACACUAAAAAGGUCUGCUUCGACGCCGUGUCCCACAACAGUCCCGUCACCCUGUACGACUGCCACGGCAUGAAGGGGAACCAGCUGUGGCGCUACAGAAAGGAUAAGAGUCUGUACCACGCGGUCAGUAACAGCUGCAUCGACAGCAGCCCGAGCGAGCGGCGAGUCUUCAUGAACACGUGCGACGCGUCCUCGGCCAGCCAGCAGUGGCUGUUUGAGAGAACCAACGCCACCGUGCUGGAGCACUUCAACCGCGGGGGCGCCAACUGAGGCGCCGCGGCGUCCGC